CCGACGCAGCCGCAGCGGCACCACUCCCUCUCUUCUACCCUCCCUUUCUUUUUUGUUGCACCGGAGAGAGGGAGAGAGAGAAAAGAAGAGGAAGGUAUGGAACGGAACGGAACGGAUGGUUGGGCGCCAUGGGCGGAUGGCGUGCCUAAAACUUCACCAUAUGGAAAGAGAGAGAGAGAGAGAAAGGAAGAGAUGAGCGAAACCAGAGGGAGAAAAAUGGAGGAGAGAGAGAGAGAGAAGGGGAGGGAGGGAGGGACUCGCAAGCGAGGCAGAGAAAGAGGACGAGAAAUAGCCUGCAUCGAGGCGGCAUAAUUUCUCUUGUUGAGGAAGUGGUGAGCAGGGCAGGAACCAUUCCCAAUUCUCCAUCCUCCUCCCCUCGCCUCCCUGCAUCUCCUCAAUCUCCAGCUCUCCGAUUUCUCCAUCUUCUUGAGCGUGCAUCAAGAUCGAUCGAGCAGCAAGAGGAGAAAGAGAAUCCCAAGGGCGUGGAUGACUCCAAAACAACAACCAAGAAACAAAGAGCAUGCAUGUCCAUGGAUCAUGGCCUCCCACUUCCUAAUCAACGUGCCACGUUCCCUUCUUCAUGCUGCCUGGAUUCAUUGAUUAAUUCAUUCCCAUUGAGAAAGAGCGAUCGAGAUAGCACCGGCAGGGAUCAGCAGCAGCCACCUCCCUCCUUUGAUGGGCAUUUUUUUCCAUUUCAACUCCAACACCAACAGUUGAUGCUAUGGUUGGAAAUAGGACAUGGUUUGGAGGGCUUUUCAAUAGCUCAGGCAAAAGGCGCCAAGUAAGUGCAGAGAAGAUAUUUGAGCUGACCCCUCUUCAGGAACAGCAGUUGCAAAAGUUGAAGGAAAGGCUAAAUGUACCUUAUGAUGAAACUCGGCCAGAUCAUCAGGAAUCACUUAGGGCUCUUUGGAAUGCCUCCUUUCCUGAUACAGAGCUCACUAGCUUAGUUUCAGAACAGUGGAAAGAUAUGGGGUGGCAGGGCGUGAACCCAACGACCGAUUUCAGGGGCUGUGGAUUUGUUUCACUUGAGAACCUUUUAUUUUUCGCAAGAACAUAUCCGGCUUCUUUCAAGAGGUUGUUGCUGAAGCAACAAGGAAUGCGAGUCACAUGGGAGUACCCCUUUGCCGUUGCAGGUGUAAACAUCUCAUACAUGUUAAUUCAGCUGCUGGACCUCAACUCAGCGCGACCGAAAUCUUUGCCAGGGAUUAACUUUAUCAAAGUGUUGGCAGAACAUGAGGAGGCAUUUGAUGUGCUGUACUGCAUAGCUUUCGAGAUGAUGGAUGCUCAAUGGUUAGCAAUGCGAGCGUCGUACAUGCAGUUCAAAGAGGUGCUGGAAGCCACAAGGCAGCAGCUGGAGAGGGAGCUCUCCCUGGAGGAUCUCCAUGGCAUCCAUGACCUGCCUGCUUACAACCUAUUGUACAAAUAGGGGAUAGAUCCAAUCCAGUCAAAGGAAAAAAGAAAAGAAAAGAAAAACACACAUCAUCGAUCAGCCUGUAAAAUACUCCAUCCACUUCUUCUCUGUUUUGCCACGGAGUCUAGGGAUAUAUAUUAUGUAUGUAUAUACAGGUACACGCCCCUGAGCUGAGCAUACGUACUUCUCUCGACUGUUUUUAUCAUGCAUGAAAAAAAAAGUUAAUCCUGACAGCCAAAAAAACUCUGAAGUGGUAGCUUUCAGAUAUAAAAAAAGAAAGAGUUGUUUGCACUUGCAUGAAUUGCUGCUGCAUGUGCCAAUUGCUUUGACUGGUCCGAGCUAGCUAGCCAUCCAAUGAUCAGAUCGGAUCCGAUCAGAGCCGGACCUUAUGUGUUUGGCUGUGCAUAAAUAUAUUAUUUAUUUAUAUCUGGCGCAUGUCAUGUGAUCCUGAUUCUUAUUGGGGGAAAAAAGUUGCAAGCGAGAGAUGUAACUAAACUAAGUAGCGCUACAGGAACAGCAUACAUAACAUUUGAAUAAUGAUACGUUCCAUCCCUGCAAGUGCAACAGUGUUGCAGAUGAGAUACAUACCACUGUUGCUGUAGCAUUACAUGGAUAGAUUUGGCAGAGCAGAAAAGAGCACAAGACA